AUGAACGAUCCAUUAAUAGAGCCUACAAAGCAUUAUUCCUCAUGCAAAAUUUUCUGUAUCACAAUGUCAUGCCUAGCAUUCCAAGUUGGCUGGACUGUUGUGUUUGGACUUGUAGAUCCUUUAAUGACUGACUUAAAUCUAUCAAAAGUUACUAAAUUCAUAGCUUGGUCAAUUGGACCAAUUACAGGUUUCUUCGUUCAGCCAAUUAUAGGUUAUUAUUCCGACCGCUGCAGAUCCCGUUUUGGUCGCCGUCGUCCAUACUUGUUUUGGGGUGGAGUUGGAACAUUUAUUGGUCUUGGUGGACUAUUUGCUCUAUACAUGCUCAGAGAGAAAUGGUCCCAUAAUUUAAUCACUCCAAUCUUACUAAUUGUUAUUGCUGUUACAUAUAUUUCGAUUAAUACAUUCCAAAGCCCAGCUCGUUCUAUUAUUGGCGAUAUACUCCCACCAGACCAAAGAACAAGAGGUUUUGCAUUUUCAUCAAUUUUAAUUGGAAUUGGCGCAGUUGUUACAAAUCUUCUUGGCGGUAUUGGCUACUUUGUUAAUAGUCCAUCAUAUCAAAAGAAAGUUUUUCCAAUUACUUUAAUUCUUUCAACGGUCACAAUUGUAAUUUCACUCGCUACUACAAUUAUUGUUGCAAAUGAGAAGCAAUUUACAGAAGAAAUCGAAAAAGGCAGUAUCUUUGACUUGAAGUCAAUAUUUCAUAUGUCCAAAGUUCAAACUAGGGUUUCUAUCGCUCUUAUGACUUCAUGGGCAGCUUUUACAGGCUUUUCAAUUAAAUUAACUACAUUUUACUCAAAAGAAGUUUUCCCAGAUGAUAAUAAUAAGGGCUUGUGUUUCGGAUUGGUUGUGAACGCACUUGUUAACACUUUAGCCUUCCUGUAUGGUGCAAUCCAUGAGAAAUUUGUUAAUACUUUAGGAACAAAAAUGGCAUAUUUUGUUUCUCACUUUUUAAUGUUCGGAAGCUUACUUGGCGUAUUAUUUGCAAAGAACAAAUGGGUGUUUAUGGCUUUGAUGGCACCUCUUGGCAUGGGAUCAACAGUUUUCAAUACAAUUCCAUUUUCUAUUGUUACUGCAGACUCCACACCUCAAUCAUUAGGUAAAAACAUUGGAGCUCUUAAUAUUUUCCUUGUUCUUGGCCAACAAAUUGCAAACCUUGUUAUUAUUGCAGUUGGAUAUAUUCAUAAGAAGUGGGAUUGGUUAAAUCAAAGAGUUGGUGAAAACCAAGCUUAUAUAGGCUCCGGUUUUGUUGCUAGUGCGAUUGCCUGUGUUUUAUCUUUUUGGAUUAUUGUUCCAAAGGGCGAAGAAGGAGCUAUUUCAAUUACAAGCUCAGAAGAAAAAUAUGAACAACUCAAAUGA